UGCACCGUCAUCGGCAGUGCUGAUGCUGAUUCGCUUUUAGGCGGGCGACCCAAUGCUGUAUGUAUUCGUUGCCAUGCCGCUUGCCACGACAAGAUGCGCUCCGAGAGUCCGAUCAGCUCUUGUACCACACUCGAGAGCCGUUGGCUGUAGCCCCCGCUGAUGCCUAAUAACAAUACCUUCCCACUUGUGCUUGCUCAGACCGGCCGACUAUUCUUCUGUUGUUGAAGCCAACACCAUCCGACUUCCUAUUCGCUGGAAAUGAUACACAGCCCACUACGGAUCCGGCUGGACACACGACCAGGAGCCUGGGUAGACACCAUCGACGCUACCAUCUUAAGAACAAGAUUCCAGGCCUCUAGCUUCCCGCAAUGAGCUCCAGGACACUGACCAAUGUUGUGAACGACCAAACGGUUGCCCUCAAUGCUCUCAUCUAUGGAUACGCCGGCCACAGCUUGGUCACCCCUCAGUACGCCCUCCAACAAAUAUGGUGGACCGAGGAGAGAAUCAACGAGCGAGUCACAAAUGACUUUGUCACUUCUCGGCUACAGCCUCAAGAGAGGGAACGUCUCACCCAGCCUGUAGGUUUUGGCGAUCUGAGCGACGAUACCUAUAUCGAAUGGAUCAUGGAGAAGGCACGGCGGCUAUUUCUGAUACUUGUCGAGAUCGGUGAGGCAGAUCGCAUAUUUGCCGUUGUCGACAAAUCUUGGGACGAUGACGACCUCCCUCUUGGAAUGGAAGACAUUGAGCAGCUAUCGCUAUCGAAUCGACGCGACAACCACGCCAAUGCUCGCUUUUACCAUACCCAAUUCACCUUUUUGCUACGAGAGUUAAGACAAGGUGUACAUAUCGACUAUGCUGAAAACGAAGAGGUACCGAUUGAGAGUGUCAUGACCUUGCCAGUCGCGGUCAGCCUGCAAGGCUGGUCUCGAAUACACUUACCAAAAAAGCCAAAGGAAAUCUACAUGCGCCGGAAAUUCCCGCUUGGGAAUGCAGAUGACCCGGAGGCUUUUCAUCAAGACUUCAUCCUAGACGUGGAGAGUGCAAGAAUAGUCGAACACGAGCAUCUCGCUCCUGUCUGGGCGUCAUACACGGCAAAGGGCUCUGGCUACAUUGUCAGUAACUUUGUCGGUCACCACACUUUGCGCACCUUCAUCGACCAUCGCAAUCCUGCGCAAUAUCAGAAACUGCCAAAGCCUGAGAGACGGUGGUUGGUGCUUAACUGGCUAUACUGUUUGGCCGAUACCAUUGCAACAUUGCAUCAAAAUGGAUUUUGUCAUUCCGCGAUCCGACCGUCCAGGAUACUCGUCGACGAGCAGAAUGCGAUCGCAUUCAGCGACAUUGGCAGCUUGGAGACGUUUCAGAAAGAUAAGAAGCCUGAUGCUAUGGAUGCCUACAUAUAUGACGCCCCAGAGGCACAUGCAAGUUCAGAACCAGUGGAGGACUUGCCUCCCUCCGUCGCGGCGCCCAACCUAUCCAAAGACCGACACGCGUCUAUCGCAAGUAAAAGCUCAUCGGGAUCUUCGAACAGCAGCAGUUCGCAUCGUCAGAAGCUAACAAAAUCCCCAACAACCGACUUUUCAGGGUUCAACUUUGGGUUCAAGAAAUCAGAGCCUAAACCUCAGCACCGAUCACAGGGGCAAGAAACUGAAAAAGCAGAUGUCUUUUCUUUGGGCUGUGUCUUCCUGGAAAUUUUGACUUUCUUGCUCAAGAAGAAAUCCCAUGAUUUCAUCAAGCACCGUACAUCGAAACAAAGAAUCAACACAGGCGGCAAGAACUCGCGUACUGAUUCAUCGUAUCAUAAGAAUCUUGACAAGGUCGAAACCUGGAUGGCCGUAUUAGAGAAAGCAUCUCGCGAAAGCGAUGACGAGACCUUUGGCACAGUUGCCGACAUCUUGACCCUUAUCCGAACUAUGCUCAGUAAAAACCCCAUGCUUCGUCCAACGGCACGCGACGUGCGCGAUGAAUUGUUUGAGAUCUUCAGCUGUACCUCGAUGCCCAACAUACACUGUGGCGCACAUAGACAUGACGUUGGUGUCGCAUCAUCUUCGCGUUCGGAUCGCGACAGAUCGUCUAGUAUAGCGUCACUUCGAACGGUGUCGACGAUAAGUUCGACGUGCUCGGAUGUAGACACAAUACGCUCUGGUACAACACAGGUGAAUUCCAUCUUGAACUAUUACUCGGACCGAGCCACAUUAUCUGGAAUCAAAGAGGACGACAGCGCUUCCCUAGAGACGAUAGACGCACCGGCCAUAUCGCUGAACAACGAUAACUUCCAUGCGCUGUGUGGACCAGGGCCCAUUGUAACAAAGUAUGCUAAAAUACCUGAACCACUACGGUCUCCUGGUUAUGCCACCUCGCCCGCCUCGCCUACCUUGCCUCUUUCGCCUCUUUUGCCUGCUUCGCCUACUUCGCCUACUUCGCCCACUGGCCCUUCUUCGCUUCUGUCUGCGCGUUCCCCUAGUCCAUCCAAGCAGAAUACCUCAACGGUCAAGAUCAAGCCAUGGAACAAACCAUUUCUUUUGCUUCCAUGAGCAUUGUGAGUGUAGCUUAGGGCUUGACACUUGGACUAAACGACUUGUAUUGCUAGGGGUUGGACGAUAAGAGCUAAAGACAGGCUAUACAGAGCCAGGAUAUUGCGGGGUCCCCGAAGGUGUGCGCCUGGAGGUACUAGGAGCCAUGGCAUGAAUGCUACGUUAGAUGAAGAAUAGGAAGGUACCUUUGAACCCAGGGACAUAUGGCUGUCCACUUGACUCGGAUUGGUCAUGUGCAGCAUAGUUGAUCAGAUAGUCACAGGGCGAGCCCAAGUAACUAGGGGUAGAAGUAAAGUGGAGCGGUUCCAUGCCGGCAGAAAUUCAUUUACCUAUUAGUGCGGUAUAGGCAGCUCGGAGGAGCAUAAUGCGAGGGUUACGUAGUUGGCGCAGCACGACAUCGGAGAUGUCCGCGAAGACAAAGAAGAAGAAUAAGAAUGAGAGGAAGUUGUGAAUAUGUGGUUUCCAUUGCAGGUUACCCUGUACAGGCUGC